AUGGGAAGCGGCGGGUCUGCCGUGCCGGGGCCCAUGCUCUUCCUGUUGCUGGUGCUGCCGCCGCCGCUGCUGAGCACGGGGAGCUUCCAGCACGACGGUCCAGGCUGGAAGGACCUCCACCACCUCAGUCUGGACCUGGGGAACCUCUACCGCCACCUUAUCCAGGACACGGGAACCUUCCACCACCUCCGCGGCCCCAGCACCCGGACCCGGAAGAGCUGGGCAAAAGACGAGAAUUCCUGCCAGAGCUCUUUUGACCUCUACUUCAUCUUGGAUAUGUCAGGCAGUGUGAACAACAACUGGAUGGAUAUUUACACCUUUGUGGAGGAUUUGGUCAAGAAGUAUGACAACCCUAACCUGCGAAUAUCCUUCAUCACCUACUCCACACUGGGUCACACCCUCAUGAAGCUCACCUCAGACAGAAAUGAAAUUCGUGAUGGUCUUAGCAGACUUAAGAAUAUAGUACCUACAGGAGCCACACACAUGCAGGAAGGAUUUAAAAAGGCAAAUGAACAGAUUCAACAAGCUAACUCAGGAGAAAACAAGGUUCCCUCUAUGAUUAUCUCCUUGACCGAUGGAACCCUGGAGGAAGCGUCGUUUGAAAUGACUAAGGAAGAAGCUGAAAAGGCUCGGGAAAUGGGAGCAACAGUAUACUGUGUGGGUGUAAAAAACUUUGAGGAAGACCAGUUAUUGGAAAUCGCAGACAGCCCGCAUCACGUCUUUGGAGUGGACCAAGGAUUCAAGGCUCUUAAAUACAUCAUUGAGCCACUCGAAACUAAGUCAUGUAUUGAAAUUACAGCUGUGGAGCCUUCCAGUGUCUGUACAGGAGAUGAAAGUGAAUUGAUGAUUUCUGGAAAAGGAUUUAAUAAUGCAAAGAGGAAGGAUGAAGUUAUUUGUAGAUUUAAGUUCAACGACAAGCAGUUCUUUGCUCCAGGAACACCGCCUCAGAGAGACCUUAUCUUUAAUGGGAAUUUUCGGGAGGUCUUUGUUGAAGUUAGCCUGAACAAUGGUGUCAGCUUCAUCAACAACAAUGUUAGCAUCAGCAGCAAGAACUGUGCGAGUACCAGGGAAGGGGGACCAGAUUACAAGAAUGCUCCACCAGCUGCCCAGCAGCCUCCCGAGGAGCCUCCCUCAUCACCACCCCCAAAGUUCAUCCCCUAUGUCAACCCUCUCUACUUCUGUGCCCUCAUCCCAGCCCUGCUCCUGUUCCUCCUGAUGCUCUGGUGCAUCUGGUGGCUGUGCCGCAGGAAGACCAUCAAGGAGCCACCACCGGUGCAGAAACCAGAAAGGGAGCCAGAGGAGACAUGUCAAAUGUCAUGCCCCACAGUGAUUGUCCCUUGUGGGUGCCAAGGAGGCGGGGUGAAACGAAUGGAGGGGAAGUGCCUCAACUUCGCCCUAACGAAGCCCCACUGUGGGCAAUUGCACUGCAGCCCUAAGGUCUGCCUUCAACCCAGCCGGGAGUGCUUCUCCGUCAAGAGCUGCUGCUCACAGUGCCAAUACCCCCCGCCCGUGUGCUCCAGGCUUCCCUCCAGGAUGCAGCCGCUCAUCUCUCCCUCUGCCCGGCCACGCUGCGGAGCCACGCUUCCCACCAAAUGUGCAGCUUCCUGUGAUGAACAGCAGACUCAUGGCUGGGGCAGCCGGGUCUGUGCCAGCGGGCCGGCCCCAGCCCCUCUGCCAGAGCCCAGCGUGCCCAAGUGUAAGGGCCCCACAUGCUGUCAGGGCCUCGUGGCAGAGGCUGGCCACUCUGUUCUGCCAUCCUCCACCCUUCUCCCCAUGGACAUCCUCUACUCCUCAUUCACUGCAGACUCUGGCACCUGGCUGACACUGCCCCACAGCCCAAAGCCCACUGUUAUCCCCGGGAACUUCAACAUCUACAGGAUGACGCAGGACCUCUUGGCCUCCAACUCCCUGCACUGA